AUGCAUAAGCUGAAUGAGGAGAUAGGGGCCAUGGAGAAGGAGCACAGCGACUUGCAGCUGCGCAUUUGCCGUACUGGUGGUGUUAGAACCUGGGGUACUGGAGGACCCUCAUCACCAGGGGGGGCUGAGGAGAAUGGGGAGCAGAUGCCAUGCUACUUCAUCAAUGUGAGCCUCCUGUAAAGGUAUGACUUCCAGAACAGCCAGAAUAGCAUAACCAGGUAGCUCAGAGUUACAGAAUUACUGCUGUCUGUUCAGAAAGAAAUGAAAUAAUUCAGAAUAGCCUACUACACCACGAGAAGGCCUAUAAUUUAGCCACAGAGGAUCAACGGCUUCUUUAAAAAAAUUGACUACUUGGAUUGUUGUAGCCCAAUAAAAAGGCAAAACCCUACAGUGGGGAAAAUCAGAGAAAAUUUGUAAAUGAACCAUGCAGACAAAACAGCCCUUUUCAAAAUUUUUCAAAUACAAUUGUUUUUCUGAAAAUUCGAAAUAUAUUUUUUAUCUGUUCAUUGCUAAUACAUCCGCAAAGUUGGACACACCGCUGAUGUCAACAGGGGUAGCAAACAAUGUUUAUGCUUCAAUAUUGUCUGUUUUGACUGAGUUAGUCUUAAUGACAUAUUUCUGUGUGAAAAUAAGUGUGCAGCACCGACUGAGGGUCUUCAUCAGGAAACGGACCCUCAGGAAAUGGUGAUCAAAUAAUUUAAAAUCCUGUCCUGUAUUCACUUUAUAAUGCAAUGAUAAUCUAUGUUUAAGCAUUUACCAGCGUCCAGCAAGUGACGCAACAUUCUAAGGAUAGUGGUUUUCUAUAUCUGCAUUGCUUGCUUUUUGGGUUUUUAGGCUGGGUUUCUGAAUAAGCACUUUGUGACAUCUGCUGAUGUAAAAAGGGCUUUAUAAAUACAUUUGAUUUGAAUUGCGGGAAAACACAGGUUGGAAGGCAAAUGGCUCCUGCCGAAAAGAGAAGACUAAUAUGUAUGCUGUGGGCUACCAAAAUAUUUGUUCAACUUCCAAAUAUUGUUUUACAAAUAAAAUAACAGAGAUAGGCUUUUGGCACGAAUGCAUCGGCCAUCACCGGCAAGUGAGCUGCGCAUAUUUGGGUGAGUCAGUGAAGCUGGAAAGCAUUUUUAGGACUAUAUUUCCUCCUCAUAUUGUAGCCUACAAUAUGUGCGCCUCCACACACCUAAGUCUAGGCUAUUGAUAGAUUCAAGACAAGGUCGUUUUUAUUGAUCUCAGAUUCUCAGUUUGUCAGUGUCAAAGUAGCCUGUCAUUGCGAUCAAAAAAUAUUCUACCAAAGUCUACAGUCAUGUAAAAUGAUUAGAAUUGCAAUGAAAUGCGUUUAUAAAAGGCAAAAUGUUCCUAGGCUACUAAAAUCUUUCCCCCAUGUGUGCAACUUCUGUAAGCACUCUACUGCUCUAUGCAAAUGCGAUAUGCAUGCAAUUCUUUAUUGUAACUUUUUUUUAUUUUUUAUGUAUGUGUUCCUGUACCUCAGAGCUCCCCAGGUCACACCCCUCUCGCGCUCACUUUUUGUUCCGGCAUCUCCUGAUUUACAAAUUAAGCAAUGUACGACAUAAUCAUAUUGGAUGAUAAAUAACAGCUGUGGCAGCUAUCUACUAUAGCGCGAGUCGCCUUGGUUGGUUGCCGUCUCUCCCGCAGAACUGCCCCUGCUAGAGCGGCAACCUCUCUCUCCCUCAUGCUUGAUCAGUUCUGGUUAAUAAUGUAGCUUAAAAAUGAACUUUUCUGCUGCUUCCCUCACUCGGAUUGGACCGGACUGGGUCUGGGUCCGACCAGGUCUAUACGGAAGGGGUCUAGUUGUCCUCGGGUUCAUUCGGAACAGGUUUCUAUAUUAAUCUGUAUAUAUUUAUGCAUUUUGGGUGCGGGUGGGAAAGCCUGAGGUCCAUUUCGAAACGGGUCCAACUUUUUGGAUCUGUGAAGACUUCUAUAAAGUAGCUUAAAAAAUGUAAUUUUCUGCUGCUUCCAUCACUCUGAUCGGAACGGGUCUGGAUCCGACCAGGUCUAUACAGAACGGGUCUAGUUGUCCUCGGGUGCAUUUGGAACGGUCUCUAUAUUUAAAAAAAAUGAUUUAUGCAUAUCGGGUCUAGGUGGGAAAGCCCCAGGUCCAUUUCGGAACGGGUCCAACUUUUUGGACACGUGAAGGCCUGUAGUGUAAAUGCCAGGUCCUGGGCUCCAUCCAUAAUGACCCCAAGCCCGAUAACCAGGACAUGCAUAAGCUGAAUGAGGAGAUAGGGGCCAUGGAGAAGGAGCACAGCGACUUGCAGCUGCGCAUUUGCCGUACUGGUGGUGUUAGAACCUGGGGUACUGGAGGACCCUCAUCACCAGGGGGGGCUGAGGAGAAUGGGGAGCAGAUGCCAUGCUACUUCAUCAAUGUGAGCCUCCUGUAAAGGUAUGACUUCCAGAACAGCCAGAAUAGCAUAACCAGGUAGCUCAGAGUUACAGGCACUGCACAGGAAGAUGACCAACUUUUUCCUGUCCUUGAAAAAAGAGGGACGCAGAACCCUGAUUUAUUCUCAUAGGGGAGAUCUUUGAGCACAGAGGCAUGUUCAAGAGGGUUCGGAAAACACUCAUUGGAGAGAGCCCAACAGAAGCUACUCAACAACAUUCCAGAUGCACUACAGAACAGGGUGGGACAGCAUAACGGCAGAUAUGGCAGCAUCAAAGUCUUCAACACACUUCAGGAGACCAGUGCCAACAAGCAUCUACUUUAUAUCCUCCUGGAAAGGUUCCUCAAAGAGCUGUGUCCAGAGCUCAAUGUGGAGAUGGUCCAGAUCUGA